AUGGCAACAUCAAAUACCAAAGCUAGUAUUAGCAAUAAAUUAAGCAUUGAAGAUCUUGACCUUCAAGGAAAACGUGUUUUAAUACGUGUUGAUUUUAAUGUUCCAUUAGAAAAUGGUCAAGUAAAAGAUAAACAACGUAUUCAAGGUGCAUUACCAACAAUAAAAUAUGCUCUUGAUAAAGGUGCCAAAGCUGUCAUUCUUAUGUCUCAUUUGGGUCGACCUGAUGGUAAACGUGUUGAAAAAGAAAGUUUAAAACCAGUUGCUGAUGAAUUACAAAAAUUACUUGGUAAAGAUGUUAAAUUUUUAAAUGAUUGUGUUGGUGAAGAAGUUGAACAUGCAGCUAAAGAAGCUGAUAAUGGACAAGUUUUAUUACUUGAAAAUCUUCGAUUUCAUCUUGAAGAAGAAGGUUCAGUUAAAGAUAAACAAGGAAAUAAAACAAAAGCUGACAAAGAUGCUGUAGAUAAAUUUCGAGCUAGUUUAUCAAAACUUGGUGAUGUUUAUGUUAAUGAUGCAUUUGGUGCCGCACAUCGUGCUCAUAGUUCAAUUGUUGGCGUUAAACUUGAUCAACGUGCUGCUGGUUAUUUAAUGAAAAAAGAACUUGAUUAUUUUGGAAAAGUUUUAGAAAAUCCUGAACGUCCUUUUCUUGCUAUUCUUGGUGGUGCCAAAGUUUCAGACAAAAUUCAAUUAAUUGAAAAUCUUUUAGAUAAAGUAAAUGGAUUGAUUAUUGGUGGAGGUAUGGCAUUUACUUUUCUUAAACAAAAAGAUAAUAUGAAAAUUGGUAAAUCAUUAUUCGAUAGUGAAGGUUCAAAAUCUAUUCAACAAAUUCUUGACAAAGCUAAAGCUAAAAAUGUUGAAAUUCAUUUACCAGUUGAUUUUAUUGUUGCUAAUGAUAUUAAAUCAAAAGAUACAAAAGAAGCAACAAAAGAAAAUGGUAUUGAAGAUGAUUAUCUUGGUCUUGAUAUUGGUAAAGAAUCAAUUAAACAAUUUAGUGAAGCUAUUAAACAAGCUAAAACUAUUGUAUGGAAUGGUCCAAUGGGUGUUUUUGAACAAGAUCAAUUUGCUAAUGGUACAAAAGAAUUACUUAAAGUUGUUGCUGAACAAACGAAAGCACAUGCUACAACAAUUAUUGGUGGUGGUGAUACAGCUACUGCUUGUGCUAAAUUUGGUUUUGUUGAUCAAAUGAGUCAUGUAUCAACUGGUGGUGGUGCCAGUCUUGAACUUCUUGAAGGUAAAGAUCUACCCGGUGUUACUGGUCUUAGUGACAAAUCGGCUAAAUAA